AUGAAGUUCUCCACCGCCUCCGUCUUCCUCGCCGCCCUCGGCGCCUCUGCUCACCCCAGCGGCCACGCUCACAAGCGCGCCCACAACUCUCUCGAGGCCCGCGGCGACUUUGUCAUUGCCAACAAGCCUGUUGAGCCCAGCCCUCCCGUCGCCACUCCCACUCCUUCGCCCGCUGUUCCUACUCCUUCGCCUUCUGCUGCCGCUCCUCCUGCUCAGAAGGCUGCCAGCUCUGCUGCUGGUGUCGGCUCUGGCCCUUCCACCUACACUCCCUUCUGCGGUGGUAACAGCAAGCGUGCUACCGCUGCUGAGAUCGCUUACAAGGGCAAUGUCGGUGGCAGCGGCCCUUACGGAUGCAACCUGAUGCCUGUUAAGAGCAACCUCCUCGACCAGUACCAGUACACCGUGGUUUUCAACAACGCUGGCGACGACUCUACCUGCGCGUGCUGGAACAAGAUCGGAGCCGAUGGUCAGAUUGACGGUUUCUUCAACGGCCACGAGGCUCUGAAGUUCGACCUCCCCGCCGGUGGCAAGCAGGUCCUCGCUGUCGACUCCAACUCUCAGUUCGGCUGUGCCUGCGGCGCUGGUGGCCCUGAGCUGACCAACAUCGGCCAAUUCGCCUCUACCUGGGUCGAGGGUGAUGUUGGCAACCUCUCCAACGGUGGCUGGUCCGGUUUCGACGCCUCUUCCAUCGUUGCCGCUGCUAACAAGCUGACCAUUCCCGGCCUCAAGGUCUGCGGUACCGGCGACUACGCUGGCACUUGCUCUACCAUCUGGCCCGGCGGCAAGGGUGACAACGCCUUCGUUGGCGGCACCGAGGCUCUCGAUGGCCUGGGUCUCAACAUCAAGCCCGGCAAGACCUCCGUCGAGGUUACCGUCAACUUCUCUGGUUAA